CCGCCGCCAGUUCACGCGCCAAACAGCUGCAGAGUCAGAGAGGCACACGAUAAUGUAAGCAAUCAUAUUUUGCCACUUUGCCUUUUAAAUUCCAUGAGUCAAGUCGAUUAGUUCUUUGCUUUUCAUUUUAUUUUCUAAAUUUCAUCAAAAUUUUGACAUUUGGUCUUGAUUAAGCCUAAAAAUCGACCAAACCAAACAUGCCACAAGAAUUCCAUGUUUUGAGAUGUUUUGCUUGUUCGACGUUUCAGGUUCACAUUGUAAAGAAGAGCAGUAACAAGUGGCAAUGCAAAAUGUGCAACGAAAAACAAUCUAUCAAACAGGUGUUUGGCAGAGGAACAGGCCAAGAGUGUCGAGUCCAUGUCCAAAAAUUGAACGCCUCGAGAAUCACCUCUGAGGAAAUGCAGAACUCUCACUGCACCGAGAUGACUCUGCAGAAGGAGGAUCUUGUUUACUCCGAAGUGCAACAAUUUGACCCUUUCAAUCAACCUUUCCAACCACAAACCUCCGAGAGCAAGUGGAGUAACUUCUUGCAGGUGGACAAGGAAGAGUCCAGUGAUGACGAAGACCCCAUCCAAAUGGCCCUCAGGGCGAGUGACCCAAGACGGGUGAGGAAGGCAAAGCCGAGGGCACCUAAACCUGCGUUGGCCAAUGCAGAAGAGGAAGAGGAAAAUUGCAGUAGCAGUAGAAAGAGAACCAGUAACUUCAAUGCGGAGGCCAAAGAGGUCAGGGUUGAAGGACGGAGAAUUCUCACAGGGAUUGUGGCAGAGAAUAAGCCAAGUAAAUGGAGUCGACUCUUGCCAAACGAUCAGGAGGACGAAGAGGAACUUCAAGAGCAGCUUGUUCAGCCAUCAGAAGGCUCCAGCAAAUGGGGCAAGUUCUCGCACCCCAAUGAAUCUAAGGUCUUUGAAUUCAAACCAAAGACCAAAGUUACUAGCAAAUGGGAUCACUUUACAACCUCGGAAACUUCAUCCGAUAUUGAAACAUUGGUUGAGUCGCCUUUAGAGAAAUCUGAUCCAGUGCCCAGCAUCCCUCAACCAACUGUUUCGCAAGGAUGUAAUCUGAAGAAAGCCACAACUCCAACAGCAAAAAAGCAAAGAGCUAUUGAUUUUGUGCUGGAUGAAACUGUAGACGACGAUGAGCUAGAUGCACUUCUAACUUUGUGAAAAGCGUAGGUGUGGAAGGAAAGAAUAAACUCGUAAAGAUGCAAUGUUCAAUUCAUGUGAUAAUCCAGAAGUUUGGAUGAGAACAAUUUAUUAUUUUUCCGAAUGGAUUCAAAAUGUUAAGAGGCUUUGUUUGCGGCACGCACAUUAAUGUUCAUAGAAACAAAAUUUUUUCUGCAAUAAAAUUCAUCUCUUGACUAAAAAGAAAAAUGAUUAAUACAAGAAUAUGAGAAAAAAUUGUUAAUGCGAGCGCAGUGUCAAUAGUUAUCAUAUAUAAAAUUUGAAACAUGUGCAGAAAUUAGAGAUUUCCUAUAAUAAAUCAAAGCAUGCCUUUUUUUUAACUCUUGUCCCUGCUUUCAUAAGAAAAUAAAAAAAUUUUUUUUACUGAAUU